AAUGCCUUAACAUAUUCAGUCGUCGAAGAAAGCUGCAGCAAAUCGGUUCGGUUAGAAGCAGAGUUUGGUCGCUGUUCAUAGUUUAUUUCCAUUGUUUUCGUUUUUUAAAUUGAUAGUACUUUUACUAAUCGCAUUUGAGAACUUUGCGCAAAGUGAGUGAAAUGGCGACGCUAACGGCUGGCCACUUGUUGCUGCUGCUUGGGCUCUGUUGUACCCUGGUGCAAGCCAGCUACCCGCUUAAGAUACUCGGCCUAUUUCCUCACCCCGGCAUUAGCCAUUUUCAAUUUUUCCACCCAAUUAUGCGUGCAUUGGCUGAGAAAGGUCACGAUGUAACGGUGAUAAGUCAUUUUCCGGAUAAAAGUCCACCGGCACGGUACAGAGAUUUGCCGCUGAAAGGUCAUGCAACUUUGAUGAAUAGUUUGGAUUUGAAGUUCUUCGAAAGCCCGCCUUUCUAUAGUCAUUUCGCGGAAUUCUUUUUGCUUCAUGAAUGGGGGAAAGACGCCUGCAAUCACACUUUGCGUUCCGAUGCUUUGGCACAGGUGUUGCGACAACGGCAACGUUUCGAUGUAAUCAUCAUGGAGCAAUUCAACAGCGAUUGCAUGGUGGCCGUGGCACAUCAGCUGAAAGCGCCAUUCAUAGCGCUGAGUAGUUGCGCCAUGAUGCCUUGGCAUUACGAGCGUAUGGGUGUGCCCAUUGUCACAUCUUCCGUACCAGCACUUUUUAUGGGACAAUCAGAAUCGAUGAACUUCAGUGCUCGACUUGCCAAUUGGUUCACCUUCCACGCUAUGCGUUGGCUUUAUGAUAUUUACAGCACAAGAGCCGCCGAUGCAAUGGUUCGUUACAAAUUUGGUCAUGAUCUUCCCUCUGUUGCAGAAUUGGCAAAAGAAACUUCAUUGUACUUUGUGAAUCAGCACUUUUCACUGAGCGGCGUUAAGUCACUACCACCAUCCGUUAUCGAACUGGGCGGUAUACAUAUACAGAAAGCCAAACCUUUGGAUCCUGAGUUGCAAAAGUUUAUUGACAACGCCGAACACGGCGUGGUUUUCAUCAGCUGGGGUUCCAUGAUACGCGCCGAGACUUUGCCAGCUGCCAAACGUGAGGCCAUUUUGCGCGCUGUAAAACGUCUGAAACAGCGCGUCAUUUGGAAAUGGGAGAAUACGACAUUGGAUAACAAACCAGACAAUUUAUACAUUAGCAAAUGGUUGCCACAACGCGAUAUACUCUGUCAUCCCAAUGUGAAGGUAUUUAUGUCGCAUAGCGGAUUGAUGGGUACCUCAGAGGCAGCUUAUUGUGGUGUCCCCAUUGUAGCUACACCCAUAUAUGGUGAUCAGUUCUUGAAUGCGGCGGCGAUAGCACACCGUGGUAUGGGUGUAAUAUUGCACUUUCACGCUUUCACGGAGAAUUCAGUGCUCAGAUCGAUUAGGGAGGUGCUAAAGAAACAAUAUAUGGACAACGCCAAAGCGGUAUCCUUUUCCUAUAAGCAUCGUCCCCAAACCGCGCUUGAAACAGCCGUCUGGUGGGUGGAAUAUGUUGGCAAAACUGAGGGUGCUCCACUUACUAAAGCCGAUGCGGUAUAUUUAUCACGCUUUGUCUAUCACUCGCUGGAUGUUUAUCUAUUCAUCGGCUUCAUUUUGUUCGUUUCGGUACUAAGCUGGAGUUUUAUUUGUGGCAAACUUUGCGCACGCCGCCCCAAAUCAGAGAAACGAAAGACUGAUUAAGCACAUCGCUGAGUUUUGUGAUAUUUUUGUGGUUGUGUAUAGAACUUCACAACGGCGAAAUAUGAACAUUUUUAAACUAUUGUAGAUAAAUUUUAGCGUACUAACUGUAGUCAUAUGCAACUUCUUGGAUAUAAUACUAGCAAUCUGCACUUGUUUCACACAGGUUUAUCAUAAAAAAGUUUAUUAUACUGAAUUAAAAUAUAAAAAAAAAAUGAUUUGUUAGAACAUUUUGAAACGAUGACUCAAACGAUUGAAUUAGAUGAACUCCAAUAUAUGGUUAAAAAAACUCUCGAAAGUGACUCCUAGAUGUCAGUAGUGAAUAAUUCCUAGAGGGUAGACUUUUUUUAUGUCAUCUUUGACAUUUGUGAAGUAAACAGAUGUACAAUUUUACACAACUCAUCAAAUUUGAACAAAAUUAUUUAAACUUAUCGAUCUUUAAGAACAACAAAUCGAUAAAUUAGUGAUUUUUUGGUUGGUGAAAAAAUUUCAAAGACUACUUCUGUCGAGGACCUCGGAAAAGGGCCUUGUUCGAGCUUCGAUCACAACCGCAGUGUUGUAUGAUUUGUGAUAGCAUCACGUUCGAAGUGUCAAAAAUUCGACAAAUGUUUCGCGCCAAUACAAAUAAAUCGGCAUCAAAAAUUUUUUGUUUGCCGAACAUCAGAAAAGUAUCAGUUGAGCAAUUGCAACAGUGUUGCCCAAGGACUGGCAACUCAAAAACUGGACGAACAAUUAGGCAUUAAUGAGUAGGCUGCUUGGCGGAUUUUACCCAUGUGCCCAUUUAAAUGAUGCAAUUUUUUACAUAUAAUUGUUAAAAGCCGUAUUUUGAAUAAAAAUAGUGAAACAUGAAAGAAUCUAAA